CCUGUGAAAGGAUCAUUCGACCCCCAAAGGGGUUGCGACCCACAGGUUGAGAACCGCUGCUCUAGAUCUAUAUAUAUGGUUCAAGUUUUCCCCUAGGGUGCUAACAAAAAGAUUUUUUACAGCCACUUCUGUGUCUGGUGGUUUCCUAGCCACAUGUUCCAUGAAGGCAGGGAAGCUGGAAAUGAAUGGGUGGGUAAAAGGCAGGUUUAAAAAAAAAGACUGAAUGAAGGAGGGAGGAGGUAGGGAUUUUGUCUAUUGUUGCCGUCUCCCUUGAUCUACUCCUGGAAAGGAUUGGAGAUGGGAUUGGGGUAAGACCCCGGUCUACCUCACCCAAGUAGCAACAGUUUGCUGGUUGAGAGGUUUUGAUCCUCACUGCUGACCUUGAGCCAUUUACUCAGCUUCCAUUUCAUCAUCUGUAAGAUGAUAAUAAUACUGCCUACUUCAGAGGAUUAAAAGUACCUAUCUCAUGGGUUGCUGUGAGGAUUUAAUUUAUAGUAUAUGUGCCUAACACCAUAGUAACUACUGUAUUUGGGUCAGCUAGUGGUAUUCUGUUUCUGUAAAGGUAAUUGAUUACGUGUUUUUAAAAAAUUGCAAUCAUUUUCAGAAAUGUCAACAUCAUCAAAUUACCUCUAGGAAGCGAAAGGUCUGAGCAAUUGCCUCAGCUCCUGUCAGAUUUCUGUACAUGUUUUAGCUAAUGCUUCUCUCACUGCCUUAAUCUGUAAGCACUUGAUACUCAUAUGAGAACAGUGAUUUCCCCAUGAGCCCUGUGACCUCACACCUGGCAGGGACUGGCUGAAAUACAGCUGGCUUAUGCCACUCAGACCUUGGGGUCCGAUUUGCCUGGUGAAGGAAGACCAAGACCAACAAACAUCUACGGUUGAUUCAGCCCCCGUUCUGUACCAGGCCUGGCGUCUGGCUUGAUGUCCUCAUUUCUCUUGACUGCCCUGUGCUUGGUGUGCACAUCCUGGAUACCCUGUGCUGUAUUUUAAGGUGAGGGGGUGAGGCUCAGGGAGGUUAGGUGCCUUGCUAGGCUGUUAUGGCAAUGGGAGGAGGGUUGGCAGUGGGAUCCAGGCCUCUACGACCCCAGGUUACUUCCUUUUCUGCUGACCUCUUUCCUGGUCACCAGUCACCUUCUCUCUUUUGCUGCUUCCGGUGCCCCAUAGUCCUCACCUGCUCUUGCUUGGAAAAGAUGGGUUUCUGCAUAGCUCGGAAGAUACCCUAAAGAAAUGAUCCAAGUUGCUCAUAAAGUUAUAGGCAACCGUUUCUGCCGAAGCCUGCUCUGUGAGUGUAAAAUAGAAGAAACAACUAGCUGCUCAGUAGGACAGGAAUGGGUACAUGCCUUCUGGCAAGCCCAUAUGAUGAGAGUAGUAAGCAGCUAUUUCACAUGUUUACAGAAGUAUCGAAUGGUGCUUCUUACUGUUAAAUGGACAAAGCCAGUGCAAAAUUAUAUCUGCAAAAUCUAAACACUUUCAUAGAAUGUCUGGAAUUACAUUUUCCAAAAUGGUAAUGGUGGUUGCCUCUGGCUAAUGUGGCACUUUUUAUUGCUUUAUGCUUCCCUGUAUUUUGUAAAUUUUUUACAUUGAGCGUGUAGGACUUUUAUAAUCGGGAUGGAAGGAGGCAGCAGAAGAGAGAACAGCAGCUGUCAAGUGAGGGUGGCCACCACAGCGGCUCAGAAGUGGCUGGUGGAUGGCAGAACUGGCUUCUCAGGGCUCAGAUCCAUGUGUUGUCUCCUCUGUCCCACAGGCCUAACGAGGAAGAGCUGAGGAUGAAGAGCUCGGAUGAUAAUACCCCUGCUGUGGCAGAUCAUCUUGAUGUCCAGGAGUCAGUGGGUCCCCUGGUGGCUCCCACUCCUCUCCGUCCAUGGCCACAGAUGACACAUCAGGUUUCUGAAGUUACAGUGACUGGCAGACUCACAGAGGAAGGUGACAUCCCCAGAAACAGUGCAUCUGUGGCUUUCACAGAGGUCCACCAGACACCAGCCAUCAGGAUCCCCCCCUCCUCCUUUCUCUGUGGCCUGGGUGGCUCCCCCAGGGACCAGGCCUCGGGGCCUGAUGCAAGUGAGGGGGCAGCUGGGCCUCUCCUGGAACCUAGUCAGCCACAGGUGGAGGCUGCGUGGGAAGUAUCCAGCGAGAAUGGAGGGGGCCGAAAGGAACCCAUGGUAGGGGCUAUUAUGGACGAGCCCCCCAGGGGUUUGGAGGCCAUGAGUGGGUUGGAGGAGCUGCUCAGCGAGGACUCCAUUGACCAGGAGCUGGAGCAGCUCUACUUGUCCCACCUGAGCCGCCUGCGGGCUGCUGUGGCUGCAGGUGGGGCAGGAAAUGGCGGGGAGGGCUCCACAGAUGGAGGGGUGUCUCCUAACCAUCCCCUGGGCAUAUUCACGGACCGCGACCUGAUCUUGAAGUGGCCUGGCCCUGAGCGGGCCCUGAACAGCGCCCUGGCAGAAGAGAUCACACUGCACUAUGCCCGGCUGGGGCGUGGUGUGGAGCUUAUCAAGGACACUGAGGACCCUGAUGAGGAGGGGGAGGGUGAAGAGGGGCUCUCCACGAUACCCUCCAGUCCGGAAGGGGGCACCCCCAAGGAAUCGCCUCCGGAAAUCCUCUCUGGGGCCCGUUCUGUGGUAGCCACUAUGGGAGAUGUGUGGCUCCCAUGGGCAGGGGGCUUGGCAUGUGACAGCCCUGUGGUUUUGGGUCCAGAGGGGCAGUUCAAUGGGGCGCCAGAGAAGGGGAUGCGCAAGGACACUGACUCUUUGCACACGAAUAGGGUGAUAUCUGGGGCACCUGGGUCCCCAGGAGGGACAGAAGCCCGGAUGGAGUCCACUGAAUGGGCAGACAGCUUGGUUCCUGUAUCUGGCAAGGAGCCAGCUGUUUCAGGCCCGCCGGGGCAAAAUCUCACCCUCCUUGGCAUCUCAGGGGCUGAAAUCUGUCCUUCCAGCCUGGCCAGGUGCCAUGUGAGUUUCCAGGAUGAAGAAGGUUCAGGCCUAAGCCUUGAGUCCCCAAAGAGGUCUCCCACCUUAGCAGCCCCUGCAGAAUGUGUGUGUGUUUUGUCUCCCCAGCUCUGGGGGCCCUUGACCCAGACUCUGGGAGUCCUGGCUGGCCUGGUAGUGGUCCCUGUGGCUCUGAACAGUGGUAUGUCCCUCCUGGUGCUUGCGCUGUGCCUCUCUCUGGUCUGGUUCUCGUAGGAGCUGCUUGUGGGACCAGCAAUAACAAGUGUCCCCCCCUCUGGGGUUUGGGGAGGGGCAGCCCCUGCACCAUCCCCAGAGGGUUCAUAUGGGAUGUGUGGCCUGUACAGUGAGUGGAUCCUUUACUUCUGAGAAUGCUUGACUGCAGAGAGGCCUCCCCGUCUCUGAGCUCUCCAGUCAGCACAGGGCUCCUGUGGUGAUACCAGUGGAGAGGAACAGGGGACGGGUGGAUAGUGGAAAUGAGAACUUGCAGAAUGGCACUGGGCAUGUCCUCCCCCCCCCACCCCCCUGAGCCUGUAUUUAUUUUUGUAUAAUUCUCUGGAUGAGGGAGAGUGGUCGUGAGCUGGUCUUGGGGCACAAUUACCCAGAGAUAUAUUUAUUAACAGCCAACCUGUGCAACCUGCUGGAGCUUUAUUUUUAAUUUAAUUUAUAUAGAGUACCUAUUAUUAUAUGCCACAAUAGAGCUCUAUGAGAAAUGA